AUGGAGAAGCCUGAGAACAGACCACCUGGGGACCUGGUGGCAUUUCAGCUGCUGGCGGUUACCAAAGAGUGCAUGAGACACAAGUCUGUCAAAAGUGACAGAGAUAUAACAGGGUUCUCCCUUCUGGCAAGGCAUUCUUUUUCAGACCAGAACAAAACCAAAGGACCAGUUCAGUACAUUGAGGAGACACCUUCAGCUAUGACUCAUGUUUUCUGGAAGGUGGGCAAGGAGUCAGGCCAGCCUGAAGACGUCAUUACACAAACAGAAGUGGUCCGCGCUUUGCCGGGUACUGACGUGACCCUGGCGUGCAGCUUCCCAAAACCACACACCACCUACGUAAUACAGACCCAGUGGUCCAAGACUGAUGACGCCCAGCUUACCAGAAUAGCUGUUUAUCACCCCGUUUUUGGCACCCAUUACUUCACAUUUCCUGAGGCUUCUUACAACUUUUCGGUGUCCUUCAGCACAAGGAAGUGCUGCAACUGGGAUGCUACAGAGGCUUUGUGUUCCCCCAAUCCAAACGUCACAUCUGAGUGCAAUCGGUGGGCUCUGCAUCUGAAAAACGUUACCGUCUCCCUUAGCGGGCAGUACGAGUGCAGUUUUGCUACUUACCCAUAUGGGGCAAAGGCUGCAAAAAUUCAACUUAUUGUCAAGGCAGAAGAGGAGCAGCACUACGUGAAGGAAGUGCAGUUAAACCAGACUUUAGAAAUUCCAUGCCUUGAGGACAUGACCUCAGAAAAUUUGUCCAGUUAUCCUUUGAAAUGGCUAGUGGGGGAAAAUGGCAGGAAAGAGGAACUUGUGACCAAGGAGCCCUCCUGUCCUGCAGUGUACAGGAAUGGCAGCACGCUGUACAGGCAAAGAGUCCACCUGGUUUUGAAUAACGCUCUAAAGAUUUUCCCCACCAGAAUCACAGAUGAUGGCAGAGUGUUUUCCUGCCAUGUGGUGUACCACCCAGAGAGAGUCCAGAAGAGCAGCACCACCGUGAGAGUAUUUGCCUACCCUGAGAUCUCUGUUAGCCUGCAGGAGGGCUCAGCUGGCACCUCGCAGAAGCCUAACGUGAGCUGCAUUGUGAGGAAGGCAUUUCCCAAGCCAAGCAUCCUGUGGUACAUGGACAAAGAGAGCCUGACGGAGCAGCCUGGAGAAAUUUAUGUUGAACAAGAAGACUCGCAAGACAGUGACGGUUUCUAUCAGCUGAGAUCAACGCUGAUGUUGCAAGGGACCCACCAGACACAUAAGACGUUCUCGUGUGCAUGUCUGUUUUCCUUUUUUGGGAAUGAAACACGGAAUAUUUCAUCAGAAGAAAUAUUUGUUUCCCUCGACAAUAAGUCUAAUGAAGCCUUAUCCGAAGCUUUUACCACCAUGGCUUCAGAAGACCUUGGAAAUUCAGCACUUCCAUCAGCUGUCAUGACUACCUCAGAGCAUCAGUCAACAUCUUUGGCAUCUCUAGAUUUCACAAGUCAAGCAAGCUUGGCUCCUGCUUCCACGACACAAGGAGCGCUGAUUUCUACCGCAGAGACAGAAAGCUAUACCAGUGCCACAGCAUUCAGUGAGAGUUUGACAACAGCACAUUUGAACAAUUCCACCACUGAAUCCCCGCAAAGCCUCAAGAAUGCCACACGCUCCUCCGAGAAUACAACCCUGGCGCAUCGUAACCUGUCCUUCAGCAUCACAGACCAGCCAAUUUCAGUUACCAAGGGGAAAGAUUUCUUCACUACCAGCAGUCUGCUCAAUAUUACUGGAGGCGCGAGGAACACGAAAGCCAGUCACUUCCCCUGGCCAACAGUGGUAGCCGUCCUGCUCCUCUUCUGCAGUUUUCUAAUAGUUUUAGGCGUCAGGAAAUGGUGUCAGUACCAGAAAGAGAUUAUGAACAGACCUCCGUCUUUCAAGCCACCGCCACCUCCGAUAAAAUACACCUCCAUGGUGGAGUCUGAUGGGACUCCCCCAUCCUGCCACGAACUGGAAAACCUGUAA